UCCUCCUCCUGUGUUUUUCUGUUGUGACGCAGUUGUUUUUCCUCAAUGUGAAUCUUUUGGUAAGUGACUCUUUUCACUGUUAAACACUCUGAGCUGAUCUCAGGUCUGUCUGUUUGUGUUCCAGUGUUUUAUAAUAACAAUUUUAAACACAGUUUGACUCUGCUAAAAGGUGUUUAUCAGGAUCACCCACUGCUUUGACAGCAACUAACAUGCUAACAUGCUAACCAUUUUGAAGCUGAUUCAAACUCAAAUUUAUGGCGAAACGUCCAGUAACACAAUACAAGAGUAGCACUAAGCAUGUAAACGUACUUUGUUAGCAAAGUUAAAUUUGACUAUUUGGGAAUUGGGUCCUCUUGUAAACGUUCUGCUGGAAUAAUUUGUGAAACAUCAUGUAGCUUGUAAAAAAAACCCACACAUCCUCUUUGAGGACUUGUAUAGCUUAACUAGCCAGCUGUAAACUAGUUGUUGGCUUGUUGAAUAAGCUGAGUACUCUGGCUCGCCAUUAGUUAUAAGAGUUAGCUGAGUUAGAAGCUAGUUGUAAACUAGCUGAGCUACCUGUAAUGCUAAUGGUGAACUUGUUGAGUUAGUUUCUAGUUGAGCUAGUGGUAAACUAGUAAGCUCUGAGUCAGUUGUUAACUUGCUGUCAGCUAGUUGUAAAGCAGUUGUAACCUAACUGAUACUGCUGAUUGUAAACUAGUUGUAAGCUAGUUAACUUGUGUGGACAUUUUAAACUUGUUGGGCCUAUUUGUAAACUAGCUGAGCUAGUAGUAAGCUAAUUGAGCUAGUUGUUUACUAGUUUAGCUAGAUGUAAGCUAUUGGCAAGCUAGUAAACUAGUUGGACAUUGUAAGUUUGUUGUAAACCUGUUGCUAGCUAAUUGAUUAACUUGUAUUGUUAUUGAGCUCAAUAUAAACCUGCCGAGUUAUUUCUAGUGGUUGUAAAAUAGUUAAGCUAGUUUUAAGAUUAUUGUAAACCUGUUCAGUUAUUAUUGAGUGAGUUGUAAACAAGCUGUUGAGUGUAAACUAAUUGUUCAACCAGUUUAGCUAGUUGUAAGUUAAUAGUAUUCUACGUAAGCUACUUGUAAGCUAAUUGAGGUUAUAGUUAACUCGUUGAAUUAGUUGUAACCACUUCAAUAUGUGUAUUUCCUCAAGAGCUACAAAUACAAAGACUCAGUGACUGUGAAAUAUUGUUGUUGUUGUUGUUGUUGUUGCAGUGACAGAGUGAAUCUCUCCCUGCAGGUGUGGACUCUGCUAUGGAUCAGUGUGAGGACAGAGAGGAGGGAGACCCUCCCUCUGAAACCACUCUGUGUGGGGAACAUGACAGCCAGACCAAAGCUCAGAGAGUGCAUCAGGAGAGACCUGAACCUGGAUCUGGACCUGAACCCAGCUGUGUCUCCAUGAAGAGUGACCAGUCUAAGGGUCGCCCUAUUGACUUUAAAGUUGGACAACCUGGAUCUGGACCUGAACCCAGCUGUGUGUCCAUGAAGAGUGACCGGUCUAAGGGUCACCUUAUUGACUUUAAAGUUGGACAACCUGGAUCUGGACCUGAACCCAGCUGUGUGUCCAUGAAGAGUGACCGGUCUAAGGGUCACCUUAUUGACUUUAAAGUUGGACAACCUGGAUCUGGACCUGAACCCAGCUGUGUGUCCAUGAAGAGUGACCGGUCUAAGGGUCACCUUACUGACUUUAAAGUCGGACAACCUGGAUCUGGACCUGAACCCAGCUGUGUGUCCAUGAAGAGUGACCAGUCUAAGGGUCGCCCUAUUAACUUUAAAGUUGGACAAGCUCCUGAUGGAAGAAUUCAUCAGGAGAGCUCAGAGGGCCUCAGUGGUCAGUCUGCCCAACAGCAACAAACAGAUCUGGACUCCAUAUUUAUGCUGCUGGAGGAGAACAUCGUCACUUUUGUGAAGAACGAGCUGAAGAAGAUCCAGAAGGUUCUGAGUCCAGAUUACCAAGAAUACUUAGAGAGUCAGUGGGACUAUAAGGGGCAGAGGAGGAGCAGCAGAGAGGAGUUUCUGAAUAUCACACUUAACUUCCUGAGAGGAAUGAAGCAGGAGGAGCUGGCUGACUGUCUGAAGAACAGAACUCAUGUCCACACUCCAGUGUGCAGACGUAAACUGAAGUCUAACCUGAAGGAGAAGUUCCAGUGUGUGUUUGAGGGGAUCUCUAAAGCAGGAAACCCAACCCUUCUGAAUCAGAUCUACACAGAGCUCUACAUCACAGAAGGAGGGACUGCAGAGGUCAAUGAUGAACAUGAAGUCAGACAGAUUGAAACAGCAUCCAGGAAACCAGACAGACCAGAAACAACAAUCAGACAAGAAGACAUCUUUAAAGCCUCACCUGGAAGAGAUGAACCAAUCAGAACAGUGCUGACAAAGGGAGUGGCUGGCAUUGGGAAAACAGUCUUAACACAGAAGUUCACUCUGGACUGGGCUGAAGACAAAACCAACCAGGACAUAAUGUUCACAUUUCCAUUCACUUUCAGAGAGCUGAAUGUGCUGAAAGAGAAAAAGUUCAGCUUGGUGGAACUUGUUCAUCACUUCUUUCCUGACACCAAAGAAGCAGGGAUCUGCAGGUUUGAAGAGUUCCACGUUGUGUUCAUCUUUGACGGUCUGGAUGAGUGUCGACCUCCUCUGGACUUCCACAACACUGAGAUCCUGACUGAUGUCACAGAGUCCACCUCAGUGGAUGUGCUGCUGACAAACCUCAUCAGGGGGAAACUGCUUCCCUCUGCUCGCCUCUGGAUAACCACACGACCUGCAGCAGCCAAUCAGAUCCCUGCUGACUGUGUUGACAUGGUGACAGAGGUCAGAGGGUUCACUGACCCACAGAAGGAGGAGUACUUCAGGAAGAGAUUCACAGAUGAGGAGCAGGCCAGUAGAAUCAUCUCCCACAUCAAGAAAUCACGAAGCCUCCACAUCAUGUGCCACAUCCCAGUCUUCUGCUGGAUCUCUGCUACAGUUCUGGAUCUGUUGAAGACCAGAGAGGGAAGAAAGAUGCCCAAGACCCUGACUGAGAUGUACAUCCACUUCCUGGUGGUUCAGUCCAAAGUGAAGAACGUCAAGUAUGAUGGAGGAGCUGAGACAGAUCCACAGUGGAGUAAAAAGAGCAGGAAGAUGAUUGAGUCUCUGGGAAAACUGGCUUUUGAUCAGCUGCAGAAAGGAAACCUGAUCUUCUAUGACUCAGACCUGACAGAGUGUGGCAUCGAUAUCAGAGCAGCCUCAGUGUACUCAGGAGUGUUCACACAGGUCUUUAGAGAGGAGAGAGGACUGUACCAGGACAGGGUGUUCUGCUUCAUCCAUCUGAGUGUUCAGGAGUUUCUGGCUGCUCUUCAUGUCCAUCUGACCUUCAUCAAGUCUGGAGUCAAUCUGAUGACAGAACAACAAUCAACCUCCCGGUGGUCUGAAGUGUUCGGGGGCAAAUCAACCCAUCUCUACCAGAGUGCUGUGGACAAGGCCUUACAGAGUCCAAACGGACACCUGGACUUGUUCCUCCGCUUCCUCUUGGGUCUUUCUCUGCAGACCAAUCAGACUCUCCUCAGAGGCCUGCUGACACAGACAGGAAGUUUCUCACAGACCAAUCAGAAAACAGUCAAAUACAUCAAGAAGAAGAUCAGUGAGGAUCUUUCUCCAGAGAGAAGCAUCAACCUGUUCCACUGUCUGAAUGAACUGAAUGAUCGUUCUCUAGUGAAGGAGAUCCAACAGUCCCUGAGAUCAGGAAGUCUCUCCACAGAUAAACUGUCUCCUGCUCAGUGGUCAGCUCUGGUCUUCAUCUUACUGUCAUCAGAAAAAGAUCUGGAUGUGUUUGACCUGAAGAAAUACUCUGCUUCAGAGGAGGCUCUUCUGAGGCUGCUGCCAGUGGUCAAAGCCUCCAACAAAGCUCUGCUGAGUGGCUGUAACCUCUCAGAGAGAAGCUGUGAAGCUCUGUCCUCAGUCCUCAGCUCCCAGUCCUCUAGUCUGAGGGACCUGGACAUGAGUAACAACGACCUGCAGGAUUCAGGAGUGAAGAGUUUUUCUGCUGGACUGAAGAGUCCACACUGCAGACUGGAAACUCUCAGUCUGUCAGGCUGUAUGAUCUCAGAGGAAGGCUGUGCUUCUCUGGCAUCAGCUCUGAGCUCCAACCCCUCCCAUCUGAGAAUUCUGGAUCUGAGCUACAAUCAUCCAGGAGACUCAGGAGAGAAGCUUCUGCCUGCUGGACUGAAGGAUCCACACUGGAGACUGGAGACUCUCAGGGUGGACCAUGGUGGACUGCAGAGACUGAGACCUGGUGUGAGGAAGUAUGUCUGUGAACUGGAACUGGACACAAACACAGUAAACAGAAACCUCAAACUGUCUGACAACAACAGGAAGGUGACACAUGUGGGACAGGAUCAGUCAUAUCCUGAUCAUCCAGACAGAUUUAACUACUGGCCUCAGCUGCUGUGUAGAACUGGUCUGACUGGUCGCUGUUACUGGGAGGUCGAGUGGAGAGGAACAGUUGAUAUAUCAGUGAGUUACAGAGGAAUCAGCAGGAGAGGACGCAGUGAAGACUGUGAGUUUGCAAGGAAUGAUCAGUCCUGGAGUCUGAGCUGCUCUGGUGGUGGUUACUCUGUCUGCCACAAUAACAGAAGAACAAACCUCUCCUCCUCCUCCUCCUCCUCCUCCUCCUCCUCCUCCUCCUCCUCUGGUAGAGUAGCAGUGUAUGUGGACUGUCCUGCUGGCUCUCUGUCCUUCUACAGAGUCUCCUCUCACUCACUGAUCCACCUCCACACCUUCAACACCACAUUCACUCAACCUCUUUAUCCUGGGUUUGGGUUCUGGUCCUCUGGUGCCUCAGUGUCUCUGUGUCCUCUGCAGGUCUGAGAGUCUCUCCUGUGGACAGAAACUCUGCUGACUGAAAUCAAAGUUCAGUCUGUUCACCAUCACUCACACUCUGCACUGUGAAGCAGAUCUGUCUCAGACUCAAACACAAAACAUUCAUUUGUCUGAUUUCAUCUCUUUGAGGAUCAACAUUUUUCACUAGAAACAUUUCCUGAUGUGUAACAUCUGCCUCCUCCCUGGUGCGGUGAUUAAAAGUGACUCUGUUGGACACACUGUAUAAAGCUGAAAGAAUGUAAAGUGUAUCUGUGUCCAUGUACACAUGCUGUAAUAAACUUGUAUUAAAUUGUAUGUGUUUUUAGGGACGGUGCAGGAAGCUUUGUGAAGCUUUGAGGCUUCAGACUCAGCAGCGGCACAGUGACAUCUGCUGGUUUGCAAACCUCACAGCAGCAUUAAUUUAUGCAAGAACUUUUCUUUUUAGUAAUUUUUUUGAAAUCCAAUGUCUCUAACUUACAUAUAUAUACUGUACUGAUGCAACCUCUGGACACCUUUGUGGCACAAAAAACUGCUUUUAAAUCACUAUACAUCAAUAUUUUUCUCUGCCUUUUUUCAUAAAUCUCUUUAACAACUUCAGACUUGUUCAAAAAAUGUCUUUAUUUUAACCUUUAAAAUGCCAGGUUAUAUAUUUGAAUAAAUUAUUUCAUAAUUAAUUUUUUUUUUAAAACAACUAAAAGAUUAGCAACAGAACUGAUUUGAUUGCAUUAGUAUUUUUUAUGUAGUGCCAGAUACUCCCUCUGGACACCUUCUUGGCCAAAAAUGCCUCAUGGACUUCCAUUGAAACCACAUUUAUUAAUCUCACUUUCAUUAUGGUAUAAAACCAUGCAUUCUGUAAUGUCAGCAUUUCAUUUUGAAGAAAAUUAGUGAUAUUUGACAUUUUCACUGUAUUCCACCAAAUUCAACCAUUUUCCCAUUGUAGGCCGAUACAUGAAAUUCUUGUAUUUUUGCCAGUUAUAUUAUGGAGCUUUGUAACUAGCAGGGGAUGUGAUGUGAGCGAGGCAAGAUAAUAAGACUGACAACAGCAGCAGUGGCAACAACGUAGUAGGAAGAAUUAUAAUUUUGUGUUAUGAAACAGUUGAGCUAGCUUUAAGCUCGUUGUAAGGUCGUUUUAAGCUACUGCUAAGAUAUUUGUGCCCUCUGUAAACCAGUUUUGCUUGUUGUUUUUACAUUUGAAUUAAUCAGGCUUCUACUAAGUGUGAAGGAAAGUUGGUGUUUCCUGUCAUGGUGGGACAUGAAGUAGGCGGUGACCUACUUGAUAUUCAAGACACAAGGCCUUGUGGGAACCCAAACUGUGAGCUUAUAACUCUGAUAACACCAUGUGAGAGGGGAACGUGUAGAUAAGUGGGGUCUGGCCUGAUGUGAUGUACAGGGGAGGAAGGUUAGGGCCACUUUGCAGAUAAUUAUUGUUAUUUCACAUUCAUUUGUAUGUGAUUUAAGAAAGAAGAAUAUUAUUGAACAUAUCUUUUGGUAAUUUGUUGUUAUUGGUGUAAUUUUUUUUUUUUUUUUGAAGAGAAAAGAUGGAGAAAAGUAUGAUUAUUUUACUCCACAAACACUGGAUCCUACAUUUCCCAUCAUGCAGCUGGACAGCGUCUCUUCUGUGAGGAGUUGAUGCCACAGCGCCCCCUGCUGGACAAACUGUGUAACAACAACAUUCAUCUUCUGAAUUUUCUUUGAGUUGAUCUGCAACAUUCACAGCAGCAGGAAUAUAAAUAUAUUUUAUUCAUCAUAUUUAUUAAUUAAUAUAUGUGAACGAUCAGGCUCCACCUCAGAAACAAAACAAAAUGUUUUUUUUUAAAAGGCCAAUUCACCUAAAUCCGUCUCAUAAAGUUACUAAACUAUCAAUUAUGAACAUUAAUAAUUAUAUUAAUAAUUAUAAUCAAAUUACCAUAUUCAUAUUAAGUAGUGGUUGAAGGAAUUUAGAAUUGUUUUCAUAGAAGAGACAAACAUAUCGUUCGUAUUGUAUAACAUGAAUUGCAUAGCAUGUAUAUUCCAAAAGGGUAUUUAGUGUAAUGUAAACAAAAACACACAAGCUAUAGAGUAUAGAGAGCUACACAAUGUAAUCUAAGAUUAUUUAUUUAUUUAUUUAUAAGGG